AAGUAAGCGUCGAUUGCGUUUUGUACCUCGUCUCGUUCGUUUACGUUUUAUAGUUUUGUUGUACGCCGCGCGCUUUGUGCACUUUGCGUGUAUGUGUAUAUUUUUGUAUAAAUAAAUUAUUAAUAAAAUCAGCAAACAAUCAACAUACUUGCUAUAUAUAUAAAAAUAUUAAUAACCACGGCGUCUAACAAGUUUAUUAAUAAUUAAAAGUGAAAAUAACAAAUAAUGCGAGAAGCUAAGUAAAGAAAUGACACACAAAAAGUGAAUUUAGCAAAAGGAAAAAAAAAGUGAAGUGCCAACAAAACACGCAACUGUGUAAACUGCAAAAGCAGGCCGCGCCUCCCCUCUUAUCUAGACACACCAGCAAGUGUGUGUUAGUGUAUGUGUGUGUAUGUGUCUGCAGCUAAUUAAACAAUUAAGCAAACAAACAAGCAACAACAAUCAUAGAUGAGACCGAUGACAAGCCAACCACGCAGCAGAGAAGCAACAACGACGUCGUCCUCCUCUCAUUCCUGUCCAAUUAGUGUAAACGCAACAUGAGAAUUGCGUGCCAGCAACAACAAGUCGCACGCGUUCGCAACAUUACAACAACAAACAUCGUCACCACAAGGCACUAGACGGGGAAGACAGCAAGAUGUCGCUGCGCAGCAACAAGUUGCAAAGCCAACAGUCGACGGCCAGCAACAACAGCAACAGCAGUGCAGGCAGCAACAGCAAUAGCGGCCAUGGACCGCCUCCACACUCACCGCAGCUGCAACAUUUGAGCGCCACAGCACCGCCGCCGCUGGUAUAUCAGCAGCAACAGCAACAACUGCUCGCUCAGCUGCAGCAGCAGCACAAAUUUCAGGCGCAACAAUUGCAGCUGGCCACCUCGCCCCCUGGCCAAAAGUACGGCACCAACAACGGCAACGGCAACAGCAACAGCAGCAGCACCAACGCCCACAAUAGCCGCAACAAUUUGGCCACCCUUGUGGCAGCCAUUAACGGUGAGCAGCAAUCGCAUGGCGGCUAUCAAUUAUCGCCGGCCGCCGCCUCGCGUGUUGCUCACGCGCCCAUUUCCCCGAUAGCCGGUGCCACCGGACUGGGUCCACCCUCGUACAGUGCGGCAACAGCACAGCCCAUGUUUGCCUAUUACAGCCAACAGCAACAUCACGCACACCACCAGCAGCAGCAGCAGCAGCAGCAGCAACAACAGCAGCAACAUCAACAGCAGCAGCAGCAGCAGCAACAACAACAGUUGCAACUGCAAUCGUUUCAUCACACACAGGCUCUACCACCGCCGGAUCUCACCGAUGGUACGGAUCUGCAGUCCGAUACGUCCAGUGCCGCCGCCGCAGCAGCUGCUGCCGCCGCCGCCGAAUUGGAGCAGCAACUGUGCGUGGUGGCCAAAAUGCAAAAAUCGGUGACAAUCACAGUGACGCCACAACGCAGCAAUUCCAUGGAUUUUCUUAAUUUUGAGGAGAAGCGCCAGUUGAUUGCCUCCUCCCUGUCGCUAUCGGACAUCCUGCAUAGCAAGGAGGCAGCUGCCAAUGCAAAUGCCAAGAAGCAAAAUGGCGCCGCCAUACGCACAAAUAGUUUGGGAUCCGGCACUCGUACCCCACCGCUGGAACGAAAAAGCAAGCUGAGCGCAUUGGGCCGCUUCUUCAAGCCGUGGAAGUGGAGACGGAAAAAGAAAAGCGAGAAGUUCGAGGCCACUUCAAAAUCACUUGAACGUAAAAUUUCUGUACGUGCCAAUCGCGAUGAGCUUGUCCAAAAGGGCAUUUUGCUGCCGGACAGUCCACUUGGCAAUAUUCCAGAGCCGGGUGAGGACUCGUACUACAAUGGCAGCAACAAUGGCGGCGCUGCUGCCAAUGGCUCCAUACUCUCUGCCGUCCACAAUAAUUCCAUAAAUCAAGCCAACAAUUCCAUAAAUGCCACCACCUAUGGCAGCGCCGGCGGUGCCCUCAUCAGCCAGCAGCAGCAACAGCACCAGCAACAACAACAUCAGCAACAGCAGCAGCAGCAACAACAAUCGUUGGGGGUUCCAAACUCCAUUUCCGUACAGCAGUUCAAUGCAAAUUCCAUGCUCAACGGCACCAAUGUGGCCAAUACACAAAAUUCUAUGUCGAAUGGCGGAGGCGGUGGUGGUUGUGGUGGCGGCGGCGAUGGCGCCUCGGACACAUCCUCGCAGAGUGGCGGUGUGCCGCAUUCACAGUCGGCACCACAGCAGCUGGGUGUGGGGCAGCCGCCGCCAUUGACACCACUUGCCCAGCAUCAUCAGGCGCUGGCACAGCAGUUGCAGCAACGAUUUGCCAUCAGCAAUAAUAAUGAACCAAGAAAAGACAAGACUGAUGCACAACAACAACACGGUGGCAAUGGCACAAUAUCAUCACCCAACAUUGAGCAGCCCACAUGCCAAGGCUCGAUGUUGCCACCACCCGGAGGUGGUGGUCAGCAUAUGCAUCACAGUCAGGUCGACGGGAAUAUUGGUGGCAACAACAAAUUGGAGAGACCCAAUACGCUGGGCACAAACAAGCUAACCCGACGUGGGGUCAAUAUAUGCUACCAUAAUGAGCACUAUGGCGACGAUGGCAAAAUAGUAGCCGGUCCCCCAGGCAGCACACCACCACCAUAUGCCAGCGCCACGGGCGGCAAAUUGCCACCCGGAGUGCUGCUCAGCGAGCUGCCAGAGCCACCAAUACCCGUAUCUGAGAUUGGACCCAUCCCACCGCCGCCAAUGUUCUCCACGCCGAGCCCCACGCUCAUCGCUGGACGACCGCACGGGCCAGGCGCCAUUAACGAUCAGGACUAUCAGCAGGACUAUGACUAUGAUGAUCACGAUCCAGAUCAUGAUGAGCUCGACUCAGAUGACGAAUAUGCGCCCUACGGAGGCGGCGGCAACCACGUGCGUGUCGAUACGCAGCGUGUCGAGGAAAUUCCAGCCAAAGAGCCCAAACCAAAUGCAGUUCCUCUUAAGUCGGCCCUGAAGAAGAAGGGCGGCACGCCCGCCUCAGCUUCCUCACCGGCCACUCCCACACAGGAGCAUCACAAUAAUGCUGGCAACAGCAACAACACUACCAGCGGCAGCGCCCAUGCAGCAGCAGUGGCGGCCAACAGUAAUGGCGGCAUCGGUUCCAUGGCCGCAGCAGCAGCGGCCGCCGCUCAGCAAUCGGCCAGCCAGAGGCCCCUCGUUGUGCGUCAGGAUGCCACGGGCAACAAUUAUUCGCUCAAGCCUAUACUACGACCACGGAUUAGAAUAUGCAGGCAGCAAAUGUUCAACAUCCAACUGCCGUGCACUGUGGAGAAUAAGGAGAACACACGACCCUUUGUGAUACGGGAGAGCAGCAGCGAUAGUGAUGACAGCGAUGGUCAGAUUGUCUAUCGGGACGACGAUAACGAUAACACACGGCUGGCCAAGCUGGCGCGCAAGGAGUCGCUGUCAUUGAAAUUGCAAUUGCGACCCGACAAACAGGAUCUGAUCAAUCGCAACAUAUUGCAUCAGGUCACUGACAAUGAGCUCAAGGAGUCCAAGGAGGCCAUAGGCGCGCGCCUCAUACGCAGGCUAUCGAUGCGGCCCACAGCCGAGGAGCUGGUCGAGCGCAACAUUUUGAAAACUCAAUCACCCGCCGAGGAGAAGAAACAGAAGGAGGAGAAGAAAUCAUAUUUGCUGCGCAAGCUCAGCUUUCGGCCCACGGUCGAGGAGCUUAAGGAGAAGAAGAUCAUACGCUUCAACGAUUACAUUGAGGUGACGCAGGCGCACGACUACGAUCGGCGAGCGGACAAGCCAUGGACAAGACUGACGCCAAAGGACAAGGCUGCCAUACGCAAGGAGCUGAAUGAAUUCAAGUCCUCCGAAAUGGCAGUGCACGAGGGCAGUCGGCAUCUGACGAGAUUCCAUAGGCCAUGACGAUUGCAAUGGCAGCAAAUUUCCAACAAAUUACAACAACAGCCUAAGCAACAAUUGUAUUUUGUGCAACAUAAGAAAAUUGUGAAAAGCUAUUUUAAAACAAUGCAUUAAUAUGAAAGCAUUAAAUCGCAAGAAAUUCAAUGAAAAAUUCGAAAAAGAAAACAUUUAGCAAAACAGUAAAAGAACAUUUAACUAAAAAGAAAUGAAAAAGUAACGCAUGUUUCGGCAGCAAACAAAAAAAAAGAACAGAAAGAAGAAGAAGAAGAAAAAAACAAUUACAUCCAACACUCUUUGUUUCGAUUUUUGUUCAUACAUAUAGUAUAUGCAAAUAUUAGUUUUCCUCAAAUGCGGUUUUCUAUUUUUAAGUUGAUUGUGUUUUUGUUAAUUGAGUGUGUAAAUAAAUUUUAGUCAACUUUUGUUGAGCUCCGAAAAAAAAUUCUAAACGUAAACGCAAAUUAUCAGGAUUGUCUAAGAAAUGUUCAAGUCGUCAAGUUGUUAAAUUUUUCAGUCAAGGCAAUUAUGUAUUAUAUUAUAACAAUAAUGAAUAAAAGAAGAAAUAAAAGUAUAUUUCAUUAUUGCUAAACAACAACAAUUACAAUUACAUACAUUUAAAUAAAAGUCAAGAAAGCAAGAUUUCAAACUAACAACACAAACAUUGCUAAUAAAUUCAUAAAGUUUAAGCAUACAUUUACUUUUACUGCUGCUUUCCAUAAAUUUUUAGAUUUGAAUUAAGCCAAUAACUAAACUCAAAAGAGUAAUUAUUAAAUUCAACUAAAUUCUAAAUGAUUAUGUUUUAAAUUUAUGAUUAUAUUGUAAAAAGCCUAUACGUAAAACCAACUCAUUUUAAACAUUAAAAACAAGAACUAAAGAACAUAUUGCAAAUAAAAUUUAAAUUUUUAAAACAAUUACGAAA